AUGACGCUGCGUGAACGGAAUGGAAGCAAGGCGGCAGACGAGGUUGUGGUGGAUAACAUCCAUAUCAAGACAGGCUUUUCCGUCUUCCGCACCCAUGCAAGCUGCUUGCAAACCCUGAUCAAAGUCAACAAUGAGACGCUCAACGUGUACACGGUGGUGAUCUUUGGCAUCGUGCCGCUGUUGGUGCUGCUGGCCAACGCUGCGGCGACGCCGGCCUUCUACACCACUGCUAGUCUCCAUCCGGGCGUGUUUGUAGCAGGCGUUUGCCUCGCGCUUGUCAAUUGCCUCGCCACCAUCACAUACCACCUCUUCUGCCAGAUCCCGAUGUGGUAUCACUUUUGGUCAGCUGUCGAUUUGUUUGGCAUUGCCGUCGCGCUCAUCGCCUACGCGCUCGGCCUCAUCGCUGUCGACUACCCGUAUCCAUUCCUCCCGCGGCCGGCGCACCAUGCGGCGAUGAUCCUCACGGCAGUCUGCCUGGUGAUGGGCAUGGCUGUGGCGCGGUAUCGGGUGCACAUUGCACGCGAGUCGCCGGUGGCGCUCCUGGUGGCCAACGUCGGUGUCGGCAUCUUUGUCACCCUCCCGGCCUUUGUCUCGCUCCGCGGCGGCUCGUCACGCCGAGCCGCAUGA